CCUGCCUUGCUGCCCCUCCCGACCCCACGACCCCCAGCCCCACCUCCUCCUUGGGGCUGGACCCAGACCCACCCCCGGCACGUGCUGGACUCGCCCGGGGAAGCGGAGCUUGGAGAGGCGCCCGCGGUCAGUUGCGCGCCGGAGCGCAGCGCUGGAGGCGGUGGCGAACCCGGAGCCGGUUUGCGCGGCGAUGUCGGCGGACGCGGAUCACGCGCGCAGGCGGAGGCACACGCACGACAACUACGACUUCCCCAAAGAACUAGAGCCCAAGGCUGACCCACAUCGGAGGGGGUCUCUCUGCGACCGGCACUGUGCUGCUGUCAACAACACCCAUGGGGACGUGGGGGACCUCCAUUCGGGGUCCCACCAGCUCAUGCAUGGCAUCCUCACCCCCAGGAUACUGCCAGUGUUUUCGAACCCUUCCUGCUGCCCCCACCACUCUGAGGAAGUGCCGACAUGCGAUGGCUGCCUGGUCAAGACCACCCUCACCGCAGAGAACGAGGUCGAGGCUCACAAGCUCUCCAACAAUUACAAGUUUGGCUUUAAGAAAUGGAAGAGCCACGUGACAGCCAGGCCCUGGGAAGACCGCUCAGAAAUCGUCAAGGAGCUGUACUCUGACCUGAACAUAAUUAAAAGCCCUGCAGGCUCUAUGCUGACAUGUGGAAACCUUUUCUACCUCCUCUGUUUCGGAUGGUGGCUGUCCUUGCUCUACGUCCUGGUCUCCGUCCUGAUGUUCCUCACCAUUCUGGGGGUGCCCUACGGUAAGCUGUGUUGGAAACUUGCGGGAUAUUUCCUCUGGCCGUUUGGGAAAGUCAUUCAAAAGACGAAAACUUACCACCGGAACUGCAACAUGAAGUUCAGCAAAUACGACGCCAUCGCAGAAGUGAACGAGGUGAAGGAGACCACUCCCCUCAUCUCCCGCCAGGAGUCGGCUUGUGAGGACAGUGCAGCGCACUGGCGGCGUCCCAGCACCUACGUCUGGCUCCUUUUGGGCUACCCGCUCCUCUCUCUCGCCCACGGCCUGAUCUGCUUCGUCUGCUGGCUCCUUGUCUUCAUCAUCCCUGUGGCCAAGAUGAACGGCCGCACCGUCACCAAGGUCCUCCUCCUGCCCCCGGAGCAGGUCCACGUCCAGCGGCUGCGGAAGACAGAAGUUCCCCUCGAUGCUGAAGUGCUCCUUUGCUGCUACCGGGCUGUGAACGCUUAUUACUACAAAUACGCCGUGGACGGGAUCAAUGUAUUUGCUGUCAAUCUGCUCCCUUUGGUUAUUGUGACUCUAGUUCUGGGCUACGCGGAUAAGCACAACCAUUACACCAGCUCUGUGGUGAAGUUCACCUUGGCGCUGCUCUCCAUCAUGCCCCUCUCGUACUACAUAGGCAUGGCAAUUGCCAGCAUCUCAGCCCAGAGCAACUUCGCGGUGGGGGCCGUGGUCAACGCCACGUUCGGCUCCAUCACGGAGCUCACUUUCUACAUCACGGCCCUCAUCAAAGGCGCCCGGGAAAAGAACAAGUGCUACGAGGAAAUCGUCAAGUCCGCCUUGACGGGGACUCUCCUGGGCUGCGUCCUUUUCAUCCCGGGGCUUUGCAUGGUGAUUGGCGGCAUUCGGCACCAAGAGCAGAGAUUCAACAGCAGGUCAGCCGGGGUCAGCUCCGCCCUCCUCUUCCUCUCUGUGGGAGGUGUGUUCGCUCCAACCCUCUUCUCCAAAGUCUACGGGAGGCUGGUCUGCGGGGAAUGCCAGAACGUCACCCAAGAGCCACCAGGGCACUACGUCUGCCAGAGCUGCCACUUCGACUUGAUGGAGAACAAUGGGACACUUUACUACAGCCAUGUUGAGCCCCUGGUGUAUACGGUGUCCCUGUUGCUCCCUGCGGCGUACAUCAUCGGCCUGCUCUUCACCCUGAAGACUCACUCGCACAUCUACGACAUCCAUGUCAGCGACUGCCACAUGCCCGGCCACCAUCACAGUGCGGUGGUCCACUGGUCUCGCUGGAGAGCUUUGCUCAUCUUACUGGUCGCCACUCUGGGCAUGUCCGCCUGCGCAGACCUGGCCACGGAGCACAUCAGCCCCAUCUUGAACAACUCGGCAGUGUCUCAGCACUUCAUUGGCGUGACCAUCCUUGCCAUGGUGCCAGAACUCCCAGAGAUCGUCAACGGGAUCCAGUUUGCCCUGCAGAACAACCUCAGCCUCAGCAUUGAGAUUGGGAACUGCAUCGCGGUCCAGGUCUGCAUGCUCCAAAUCCCCAUCCUGGUGCUUUUCACAGUCUUCUAUCCCACGGACUUCAUCCUGGUCUUCAGUGACCUUCAUGUCUAUGCAAGCAUGUUCAGCGUAGUCCUGAUGAAUUACAUCUUUAUGGACGGCAAGUGCGACUACUUCCAAGGUAAAGUUGGCUUUCGAGUUGCGAGUUCCAGUCCUGCCUGCUGGGGGGGGGGGGCUACUCAGACCCAGAAGACCACCGUCUCUGAGCUAACUUGGGCUGUGUACUUGCUGGAACCUUUAAAGGACAUUCAAAACGUAAUCUCCACCCCACCCAUCUCCGGGUGCUGGGAAUCGUAGAUUUAAGCAAUCUUAAGGGUAUGUUCACAUCAGCCGCUUAAAAUGCAGUGAGGUCAUUUCAAGCCAGUUUUGCACGGAGUUUUUCGCCUCCCGAGUGCGAAGUUUUUCGCCUCCCAAGGGAAGCCUUCGCCAAUGCGCAGGACCUUUUGGGUUUCCCCUGCCCGUGAACCUGUCGUCUGCGCAGGUGUGCUCAUUUGCGCAUGCGCAGCGGCCAUCUCAAAUGUUCACAUAGUGCAAAGUGAAUAUGGCUUAAGUUUUCUAGUUGGAUUGAAGCUGGGGUUUUUUUGGGGGGGGGUGGAAUCAUCCAACAGCAGGAUUUGUUCAGAAACAGCCCGAUCAGUAUAGAUCGUGGGUCGUGCAUUGUGUGUGGGCGCUUUAAAAAAAAUCUAGCAGUGGGAGCACACUGGAUGUUGUUGAAUCUAUUGCCUGCCCUUCAGCAGAUCCUAAGUUACAAGAAAGUGCAAUCUAGAAUUAAAAACAGUUAAAAUCAUCUUGGGCUACAUAUUGGCUUAUAGAAAAUACAGUUCUACCUUGGAUUUUGAACAGCUUAGUUCUCAAAC